AUGACUUGGAAUAUCAUUAAUAGGGAGACUGGGAAUGUCAGAAACAGCAAUGCUGAAUUAACUUUGACAAUCAAUGAUAGAAUAAUAACUUCUCAUCAAGAAGUGGCCAGUGCCUUUGAGCGCUACUUUGCUGAUAUCCCAGCUUCUACUACAAAAUCUUUAAUUUCAUCUCCUACCGUCGCCGAAUCAUUACUGCAAGAUCAUGUUGAUGAAUGCAAUGUUAACUUUAAGUUCACGAAUAUUGAUAUAGAGGACAUAAUUGAUAAUUUAAAGCUCAUUAAUAUUAAGAAAACUGGUGAUUUAUGGGGAAUAUCAAUUACAGUCAUAAAAUCCAUUAUUGAUAUAAUCGCACCUUACCUUGCUACAAUAUUUAAUGACUGUAUUGAUUGUGGUGUGUUUCUUGAUCUAAUGAAAUGUAGUAAAAUAAUACCUUUGUUUAAAUCUGGUAGUACUUUUGACCCCUCUAACUUUAGACCCAUUUCAGUACAAUUUUACUCAAUAAAAAAACAAUACGGAUUCACUAGAGGUUGUUCAACUAUUGAUGCAAGUGUAGAUCUUAUUAAAAAUAUUCUUCAGGCUUGA